AUGUAUUACGAAAAUAACUGGCAUCUACCUUCUUUGACAGAAUCGUGCGAUUCUAAAAAAGAAAUUGAAGAAGAUAUGACUGAUUGUGAUUCAAAUGAAGACUCUUCAUUAUCUCUAAAGUCAAAAAAUCCUGAACAACCAUCAUUUAUUUCGUUAUCAGCCAUUCUUUAUUAUAAAACAAAAGAAUAA